GAACCGUUUAGUGUACGAAGUGUGGUGCGAGUCAGCUGGUGGCUGGGAGCAGACGACGCCAGGGCUGGGAACAGGCAGGUGGCUCCUGCUGUAUCUUCACCUACUGUAUCAAGAACACCUGCUGCUUCCUCUGUAAUGUGGUUAUUGGUACAUGAGCGACACUGUACUGUAAUGACUGUUUGAAAAGUGCAACUGAUGGAAAAGGCCCCCAUUUAAUUCCAAGACAUGAGUCGCAAGGAUCCUGAUUUCUCCACCUCCCUACUGGCUGGUGGAAUGUCGGGGAUGGCAACAGAUAUUGUACUCUUCCCUCUUGAUACUCUAAAGACUCGUCUACAAAGUGAAGCAGGCUUUAGGGCCUCUGGAGGGUUUCGAGGGAUUUACAGUGGUUUAGGUCCUGCUGCUCUUGCCUCUGCACCAAGUGCUGCAUUAUUUUUUUCCACCUAUGAGACCAUGAAGAGGUUAUUAGGAGCCCAUGCAUCACAGAAUUACAUGCCUGCAGUUCAUAUGGCUGCAGCUGUUUCUGGGGAAGUUGCUUCGUGUACAAUCAGAGUACCAACUGAGUUGGUCAAGCAGAGAAGACAAGCACAGAUUUAUCAGUCUUCCAUCAGAGUUAUUCAAGAUAUCUUUAAAUAUGAAGGAUUCAAAGGCUUCUUCCGUGGAUACUUCAGUACUGUGGCAAGAGAUAUACCAUUCUCACUCAUUCAGUUUCCUUUAUGGGAAAUACUGAAGAAACAAUGGUCACAUGCUCAGGGAUAUUAUGUCGAUUCAUGGCAAGCAUCCCUUUGUGGAGCAUUUGCAGGUGGGGUUUCUGCAGCUCUGACCACACCUCUGGAUGUUGCAAAAACUAGAAUUAUGCUAGCAGAGCGCUCCAGCAGUGUAGCUAAAGGGAGCAUACUUGAUGCAAUCAAAAUGGUAUACAAACAACAUGGAGUGCCAGGGCUCUUCUCUGGAGUUAUACCACGUACCCUUUGGACCUCUAUUGGUGGCGCUGUUUUCUUUGGUGUCUAUGAAAAAGCCAAAGCUAUUGUAUGUUGAUGCAGUGUGUAAUAUAUACAAUUUAUAUAACAUAUUUAGGUUUUAAAUAAUGGGUAAAAAGUAUUAAAUAGGCAAAGAUUUGGUACAUAGGAAAAAGAUCAAGAAGUACAAAUGGUAAAUAUGCUGUAUAUGAACAAGCUGCAGUGUGAUGUAGAGAAAAUUGAAAAGGAAAAUGAAGCAGAAUAUACAAAGGAUAUUCAGAUUUGUACUUCUCCCAGUCCCAACAUGGCUGAAAAAUGAUUAAAUUUGUAUUUAGUUGUGUGCUAAAGGAUGAACUCUUAUUUGAAAGCAGAUUUUAUAAUUAAGCCUUAAGGUGAAAGAAUUACUUAUUUUUUAUUAAACUGUCAUUAUGUAUAUUUAAAAGUGCUUUAUUUUGUUCAGACUGUCGUAAAAAAAAAAUCCAGUGUACAGUAUUUAUAUUAAAGAACAGUUACAAUUA